GAAGAUCCUCUAGUGUGAAACUCAGUCUGCUGGAGGUGACACUUCAUGUCCAGUUGCUGCUGGACCCCUGUGUUAUUGGAGCUUUGUGAUGGAGCAGGUGGAUGAUAAACGUGUUGGGAUGCAGACAGCAAAACCUUGGAUGAACAUCCUGCCUGAGAACUGCUCUCACUCAGCGUUCAGAAGAUGGUCUUUCUUGCAGUGGGGAAGAGGCAGGAGAGCCCAGUGAGACACAGGACAGAGCUCCCACCUUCCCUGCAGCCUCCUGGGGCCACCAGCAGCUUCUCUGUGUCCUCCCUCGGAGUUUAUGUGCAGGUCGUGUCCCUGCAGCAGGUGCCUGAGGUGCUGAUGUGACACCCCGUGGGGGGGCCCUGCUCUUUGGAGGGCUAUGGGGAAACUGCAGAGUAAACUCAGCUUCCACACCACCAAAUACGGGGCCGAUGGCUCCAUGGGACAGACGGGAUCCAUCGUGGGACAGACGGGAUCCAUCGUGGGACAGACGGGAUCCAUCGGCACCUCCCGGCAGCACAGCCCCGCUCACACCGACGCUGUCACCUCUGUGGCUGCUCUCAAACCAGACCUGUGUGUGUCAGGGGGCAGGGAUAAGAGUGUGGCUGUGUGCAGCUGGAGAUCCGGGGCUGCCCUGCGGCGCUUCCUCGGCCACGAGCGGGAGGUCACCAAGGUCACCUCUGCCCUUGACUCCAGCAGAGUCUUCAGUGCAUCCCGGGACAAGACAGUGAUGAUGUGGGAGCUUCACGGGGCGUCGGGGCCAAGCCAGCACUUCCCAGGACAUGAGCUGGUUGUGACUGGGCUGGCUGUGAGCCCAGAUGCCUCCCAGCUGUGCACGGGCUCACGAGACAACACCGUGUGCAAGUGGGACACAGAGACUGGGGAGUGUCUGGCCAGGGCCACCAUCUCCAGGAAUCUGGUCACACACCUGUGCUGGGUUCCUGGGGAGCCUUAUGUCAUCCAGACCUCGGAGGAUAAAACAACCAGGAUCUGGGACAGCCGGGAGCUGCAGGUGGCACACACGUUCCCAGCCAAGCAGCACAUCCAGACGUGCUGUGACGUGAGCCAGGACGGGCGGUACUGCCUCAGCAGCAGCCAGGGUGGAGAGGCCACCCUGUGGGACCUGCGGCAGACCCGGGGCCGGGUGUGUGAGUACAGGGGGCAUUUCCAGACCACCACCUCGUGUGUUUUCCUCCCCCGGGGCCCAGCCCUCGCCCCCAGCGUCGCCACAUCCUCCAGCGACAGCACGGUGAAGGUCUGGCACCGGGACACGGCAGCCUGCCUGGCCACGCUGUCCCUGGAGGGCUCUGGCCCGCUGGCCUCGCUGGCCGCCUGCGACAGCUCCACCCUGCUCUGUGCCAGCGCCAGCUCCGGCAUCCACGUGCUGCGCCUGGGCGGCGGCGCCGAGCCCGCCCUGCGGGAGCUGGGGGCGUUCUGAGCCGGGGACCCCACACAGACCCAGGGACCCCACACAGACCCAGGGACCCCAACACAGACCCAGGGACCCCACACAGAC